AUGGCGGCGGUUGCCAUGGAGGUGGCCGGCCCUGCGCAUCCCUCUCCUGCGGAGAAGCCGGCGGGGCUCGCCGCGAGCGGCCACUACGAGCUGCCCUGGGUUGAAAAAUACAGGCCUGCAAAGCUGUCAGAAAUAGUUGGCAAUGAAGACACCGUGAGCAGAUUGGAGGUCUUUGCAAGGGAAGGCAAUGUCCCGAAUAUAAUUAUUGCUGGACCUCCAGGAACUGGAAAAACCACAAGCAUCCUCUGUUUGGCUCGAGCUCUUCUGGGCCCCGCCGUGAAGGAGGCAGUUCUGGAGCUGAAUGCCUCCAAUGACAGAGGCAUUGAUGUUGUGCGGAACAAAAUCAAGAUGUUUGCUCAGCAGAAGGUCACCCUUCCAAAAGGCCGGCAUAAAAUUAUAAUCUUGGAUGAAGCGGACAGCAUGACGGAUGGAGCUCAGCAAGCCCUGAGACGGACGAUGGAGAUUUAUUCCAAGACGACACGCUUCGCUCUGGCUUGCAAUGCUUCGGACAAAAUCAUAGAGCCCAUCCAGUCUCGCUGUGCCGUGCUGCGCUACACCAAGCUGAGCGAUGCACAGAUCCUCGCCCGGCUCAUGAAAAUCGUCGAGAAGGAGAACGUGCAGUACACGGACGACGGGCUGGAGGCCAUUAUCUUCACCGCUCAGGGGGACAUGAGGCAGGCACUGAACAACCUGCAGUCCACCCAUUCCGGCUUUGAAUUUGUCAACAGUGAGAAUGUGUUCAAGGUGUGCGAUGAACCUCACCCUCUGCUGGUGAAGGAGAUGAUCGGGCACUGCGUCAGUGCAAAUAUUGACGAAGCGUACAAGAUUCUCGCCCACUUGUGGAGACUCGGCUACUCACCCGAAGACAUAAUAGGCAACAUUUUCAGAGUGUGCAAAACCUACCCGAUGGCCGAGUACCUGAAGCUGGAGUUCAUCAAGGAAAUUGGCUAUAUUCAUAUGAGGAUAGCUGAAGGGGUGAAUUCGCUGCUGCAGAUGGCAGGCCUGCUGGCCCGGCUUUGUCAGAAAACGGCUGCUCCCACGGUGAGCUGAGGGCGUGGACAGGGGCCCGGCUUUGUGAGGAAGUAAUUCUGCAAGCAGACUGCAGCCGUUUCGUGUGAUUCUGUGGCGAAGGUGACUUUUGGCUCGUCUGGCCACAGAAGUCAAAACUUUUGUAUCAUGCAGCUCAUAGAGUUUUAAACUUCAGGCCAAAUAAAGCUCGAUAGAAGAA